UUUGACAGUAUUUAGUUUCCCCAACUUCUUCUUCUUCUACCACUCUGCUUAUUCCUUUUGCUCCAACUUCAACACACUUUUAACUCCACCGUCAUCUCUAUUUAGUAUUUAUGCAUAAUCGUCAUCAUCACUCUACUCUAUAGUCUCAAUCUCAAUCUCAAUUCAAUGAACCCUAUUCCAAUCCCUAUCUUCGUUGUUAAUUUUCUCAACAAUCAACCAAUCAUAUUCAUCGCGAACGGAAACUCUAAAACCUUCAAAUCUUAAAUUAAUGGCGGUUUCCGAAGAAGAAUGUUCUUCUGUCAAGCCAGGUCAUUCUUCUUCAUCCUCUACUUCGCGCUAUUAUCUAUCUAAGUGCGUCCUCAGAGGAAGCGCGGUUCUCCAGGUUCUCUACGCUCACAUUCGUUCUCCAUUCUCAAACGACGUCGUUUUCGGCAAGGAAACCUCUAUAGAGUUGGUAGUGAUUGAUGAAGAUGGGAAUGUACAAUCUGUUUGUGAUCAGCCUGUUUUUGGCACCAUUAAAGAUCUUGCUGUAUUGCCUUGGAAUGAGAAAUUUUGUGCCCGUGAUCCACAAACUCGAGGUAAAGACCUCUUGGUCGCUCUAUCUGAUUCCGGAAAGCUGUCGUUGCUCACAUUUUGCAAUGAAAUGAACAGGUUUUUUCCUAUAACACAUGUUCAACUAUCUAAUCCUGGAAACACAAGGGAUCUUCCUGGAAGAAUGUUGGCAGUUGACUCCAGUGGUUGUUAUAUUGCUGCCAGUGCAUAUGAAGAUCGGCUGGCUCUGUUUUCUAUGUCAAUGACCGGCAGUGAUAUCAUUGAUGAGAGAAUAAUAUAUCCCUCUGAAAGUGAAGGGACUGCAAGUACUUCCAGAACCACACAGAAAACCAGUAUAAGUGGCACUAUUUGGAGUAUGUGCUUUAUUUCACUAGAUUCCAGACAAUCAAUCGUGGAGCAUAAUCCUCUAUUAGCUAUUAUUCUUAACAGGAGGGGAGCUCUUCUAAAUGAAUUGCUAUUAUUGGAAUGGAGUGUUAAAGCACGUACAAUCUCUGUAAUUUCUCAGUAUGUUGAAGACGGGCCUCUAGCACAUAACAUUGUUGAAGUUCCUAACUCUACGGGACUUGCAUUUUUAUUCAGGGCUGGUGAUGUACUGUUAAUGGAUUUUAGAGAUCCUCACAACCCAUUAUGUGUCAACAGGACUAGCUUGAACAUUUUACCCAAUGCAAUAGAAGAGCAGACUUAUAUAGACGACUCUUGUAAAUUACAAGAUCUUGACGAUGAAGGCUUUAGUGUUGUUGCCUGUGCUUUGUUGCAGCUUAGUGAUGUUGCUCCUAUGUGUAUAGACAGUGACAAUAACGGUACUAAUUCAGGUCCCCAGUACAUAUGUUCUUGGAGUUGGGAACCUGAAAGUUAUGAAGUUCCUAGGAUGAUAUUUUGUGUAGACACUGGAGAAUUUUUUAUGAUUGAAGUUUUUUUUGAUUCCGAUGGCCCUAAAUUCAGUCUCUCUGAGUGUCUUUAUAAAGGUCUACCUUGUAAAGAACUUUUGUGGGUUAAUGGUGGAUAUGUAGCUGCUAUUGUUGAAAUGGGGGACGGCAUGGUCCUAAAAUUGAAAGAUGGAAGGUUAUGCUUUACAAAUCAUAUUCAAAACAUUGCACCAAUCUUCGAUGUAGCAGAUGGGGAUUAUCAUGAUGAGAAGCAUGACCAAAUGUUUGCUUGCUGUGGUGUGACACCUGAGGGGUCAAUAAGGAUUAUUCAAAGUGGUAUCAAUGUAGAAAAGCUACUUAGGACCCCUUCUACAUAUGAAGGGGUUGCUGGUACUUGGACUGUCCGGAUGAAAAUUACCGAUUUAUAUCAUUCUUUUCUAGUUCUAUCAUUUCUUGGGGAGACCAGAAUAUUGUCAGUUGGCUUAAGUUUUACUGAUGUGACUGAUUCUGUUGGUUUCCAACCUAAUGUGUGUACUUUGGCAUGUGGCCUUGUAAGUGACGGUUUGAUUGUUCAGAUCUACCAAUCUACUGUUAAACUCUGUUUGCCUACUAAGGCUGGUCAUUCUGAAGGUAUCCCUCUGUCCUCUCCUAUUUGCACCUCUUGGUCCCCAGACAAUCUGCAUAUUAGUUUGGGGGCAGUUGGGCAUAAUUUCAUAGUUGUGUCAACCUCUAACCCAUGCUUUUUGUUUAUCCUUGGGGUUAGAAUGCUAUCAGCUUAUCAAUAUGAAAUUUAUGAAAUGCAACAUUUGGGACUGCAGAACGAGUUAUCAUGCAUUUCCAUCCCUAGACCAAAGUAUGGGAUAAAACAAUCAUAUUCAUCGAUUUCAGAAAAUAAUAGCUGCACCACCUCUUCUCUAUGUGGAGUGGACAUCAAUAAAACAUUUGUUAUUGGCACCCACAGGCCUUCGGUAGAAAUUUGGUCUUUUGCUCCGGAAGGAGGAGUCACAGUAGUUGCUUGUGGGACAAUUUCAUUAACAAGUACAAUGGGGACUGCUAAAAGUUUUUGUAUACCUCAAGAUGUACGACUAGUAUUUGUUGAUAAGUAUUAUGUUCUUGCUGGAUUGAGGAAUGGAAUGCUCCUUCGCUUUGAGUGGCCAACAGAACCGACUUGUAUAAAUGUGGUUGACACUGCUUUAUCUUCUAUAAAUUUGGUAAAUUCUUUGACCAAGUCUUUCGAUAUGAGAAAUGACCUUCCUUCGAUGCUUCAAUUGAUUGCCAUUCGUCGCAUUGGCAUUACUCCAGUUUUCUUGGUGCCCCUGGAUGACACACUUGAUGCUGAUAUAAUUGCACUGAGUGAUAGGCCUUGGUUGUUGCAUAGUGCACGACACAGCCUUUCCUAUACUUCUAUCUCAUUUCAACCAUCUUCACAUGCAACACCUGUUUGCUCUAUUGACUGUCCAAAAGGAAUACUAUUUGUUGCAGAAAACAGCUUACAUCUGGUGGAGAUGGUUCACAGCAAGAGACUUAAUAUGCGGAAAUUUCAUUUAGAGGGCACUCCACGGAAGGUCCUGUAUCACAAUGAAAGUCGGACGUUACUUGUGAUGAGGACUGAACUGAAUUAUGGUACAUGUUUGUCCGACAUAUGUUGUGUGGAUCCCCUAAGUGGGUCAGUGCUAUCGUCUUUUAGACUAGAACUUGGAGAAACUGGAACGUCCAUGGAAUUAAUUAGGUUUGGAAGUGAGCGGGUGCUUGUGGUUGGAACUAGUCUGUCUUCUGGUCCACCCGUAAUGCCCAGCGGUGAAGCUGAGAGUGCCAAGGGUCGUCUUCUUGUUAUCUGCCUUGAACACGUGCAAAAUUCAGAUAGUGGUUCAAUGAUCUACUGUUCGAAGGCAGGGUCAACAUCUCAAAAAACUUCACCUUUCAAUGAAAUUGUUGGGUAUGCUCCUGAACAACAAUCAAGCAGUAGCCUUGGCAGCAGCCCGGAUGAUAAUAGUUCUGAUGGCAUCAAACUUGAUGAUAAUGAAAUGUGGCAGUUCCGAUUGGCUUAUGCAACUACAUGGCCGGGAAUUGUACAUGCGAUCUGUCCUUAUCUUGAUCGCUACUUUUUGGCAUCUGCUGGCAAUGCUUUUUAUGUCUGUGGUUUCCCAAAUGACACUCCGCAUAGAGUGAGACGGUAUGCCGUGGGAAGGACGCGUUUCAUGAUAAGCUCUUUGACUGCAUAUUUUAGUAGAAUUGCAGUUGGUGAUCUUCGUGAUGGUAUCAUUUUCUUUUCUUACCACGAGGAAGCAAGAAAAUUGGAGCAACUUUACGGUGAUCCAUCAUGUAGGCUAGUUGCUGAUUGCAUUCUCAUGGAUGACCAUACGGCUAUUGUUUCAGAUCGUAAAGGAAGCAUAGCUGUUUUAUGUUCAGAUCAUUUGGAAGAUUGUGCAAGUGCAGAACGCAAUUUAAAACUAAGCUGUGCUUAUUUCAUGGCUGAGAUAGCUGUGAGCAUUCGAAAGGGCUCCUAUUCAUACAGACUUCCAGCUGAUGAUGUUUUGUCAGGUGGCAUUGGCCCCAAGACAAAUGUUGACUCACUACAAAAUACUAUUAUUGCAAGUACUCUGUUAGGAAGCAUAAUGAUCUUCAUUCCUUUAUCAAGGAUUUGUAAGACCUGCAUGAACCUGUUAGCCCUCUCCAGUAAAGACCUGCAAAAGCUGGAAAUUAGAACUCACAAAUGGGCAUGCCUUGCAUGUAAUGUAGGCAUAACUGCCUUCUUAUGUGGCAACAGCAGGGAAUCAAUUUGAGCCGGAGAAUAAUAUAUGGGAAGGGGAGGGAUCGAGUGAGAUAGGAAAUGACUGAAUAUGGAAGUUGGAGGGACAAACCAUGGAGUCUUGAAAUCCUUUGUUUAUCUGCAUGUUUGCAUUUUUCUGUUUCAAUUCACGUAUUCUCUGUAAGUUUCAUCUCACUUACACUGAUAUCUCAUUGCUAUCAGCAGUAAUAGAGAAGUAACUACAAACAUACAGUAUCAUCUUGUUUUCUGAUGCAAUCUCCUUUGGAACUGCAGUCCAAUCUUUGCGGGGUAGGAUGAGCUUUCAGGCGUUAAUUAGAUUUUUCAUUGUCAAGCUGAUGACAUGAUUGACCAGCUUUCCUUUUAGAUUUGUUGCAUUAUAGUGAUUAGUCUUGAAAAAUCACCAUAUAGGGAUUAUCAUGAGUUCAUAUUUGUCAGCUUGACAAUGAAAAUUUAUAUAGAACUCAAUACUAUCACUGAAUUCUAUAUAAAUUGAGUGAUUAUCACGAGUUCUAUAUAAAUUUUCAUUUGCUUUCCGAUUUUCUGGGAACAGAAUUGGCAAUUGCGGAUUUAAUUCUAGUAGCGGUUAAUGUUAUAAUUUCACGCUGAUGAGGAAUUAUGGAAUGCUCUCCGACAUACUCUUUCCUCUUAGUAGGAGGAGUGCUAGUAAGUAGCAACAUACUCUUCAACACACUCUAUUAUGGGAUAAAGUCAACAUAUAGGAAAUAGAACCCACAUGAAUUUCAAAUUUUCAAUCAAUGAACGUGUUAGCAGGAGAGUGUCGCACAGUGUGUUACUAGCAAUUCUCUUGUUAGUAGUGUGCCGUUUCUACGAUGAACUCUGCACUGUUUAGUUUUAGGAAGAAUUGUCAACAGAUUUUUGUUUCAGCGAACCAUAUUGUUCUGUUAAUCUGUUUCAAUAUUAACAUGCGAUAUAUAUACAAUGCAAUUGUGCUAAGGCAAUGCAUGUGUCCUUUUGGCUGGGGUUUCUGCUUUGUC